AUGAGUGUCUUCCUAAAGAAUCGCUGCAUCAGGCUCAACUACCUAGCGGAGGAUCUCAACACCUUCGCUCAGCAGAAAGUUAGAGAGCUGGGCGAAAACCCAACGGCAACUCAAGUGGCGGCCGUGGAAAGAGAAGUCCUGCGCUGCUUCCAAGAGAAGAAGGUCAAAGCAGAAGAAGUCCUGGCGAAGCAUCCGGAAUGGCUGAGAGAAAAGAACAGGGGGCAAUUCUACAAUCCGGCGACCAACUACUACCAGAACAUCGGUCCUGGGCAGCAGGGAGCGGGGCGUCCACCGUAUGGCAGGGGAGCAGGGGGCGGACAACACCAGAAUCAAGGACCAAGGCCGCCUCUAGGCGGGCAGGAUGCUCAGUUCCGGCGUAACAGAGAUGAAUGGGCUGACAGUGAAAUCGCUGAGCCGGUUCCAAAGAAGCCCCGGCAGGAGUUCCAGCUUUCCCCAGCGGAACCUGCGUGCCCUUCCGGAAGCCCUGAUCCACGAGAGUGGACAAAACAAGGCGCGACUGAAGGCAAGGUGGAGGAACCAGGAGCCAGCUCGACUGACGUUAUGCAAGAAGAAGGAGAACUCGAGUCGAGAGAAAUGAACGAGAGUGAGCCCCUUUUAAGUCAGCUUGAGUUAGAAGAGCUGGAGGCAACGUGCUUAACGGCAGUUCCAGACGCAGCGGAUGAGGCGUUAGGAGAUCCAGAAGCGGAUCAAAUAAAUCCGGAAUCCGAUCCGUUCAGUUCCGGUUCUGCGGAAGGACCGUCGCAAGAGUGGGAGGAUGAAAUGAAGCAGAUUCUAGCGAGAGAGGAUAGGGCGCCGACGCCGGAAGCACAAGUGGCUAGAGUCAGCGAGCUGUUAUAA